GGCUGGCCACUUCAGUAGCUAUGACAACCACCACUUCCGGUCCGUGCCUCUUUACGGCCCACCUCAGCUCUGCCCGCGCGAAAUUUGUAUCUGCCUGUAGCCAACUGCUCUUGAGGGAGGGCUGCGGAGUAGAGGAGGAAGACAUCCUAGAGCUGGGAACCCUCACAUUUAGGGCCUCAGUUCCGCACUUCCGGUGGCCGGAGGUAGAGGGAGGAAACGGGCCCGAGGCGGCGUCGACUGCCGCGCGCAAGACAGAAGAUCCUGCUCCCCGGCUCCAAAGGCCACCACUAUGCCGGCCUGCUGCGUGGCCGCCCACUGCGGCAACACCACCAAGUCCAGGAAGUCUCUGUUCCGCUUCCCCAAGGACCAGACCGUGCGGCUGCUGUGGGACCGCUUCGUGCGGGGUCGCCGCGCCGACUGCACCUACGACGGAAGAGGAGGGAGACCAAGCGGGCGACCCUGAAAAGCGAGGGAAGCCGCAGGCAGUCAGGCAUUCAGAGGCCGUCCCGCGUCCGGAGUCCUAUGCACUCCUCCGAGCCAGGAAGAUGGCUGCGGCUUCACAGAUUACAUGUGAAAAUGAAGUUAUACAAACACAAGUCCAUGCUGAUAGUCGAUCUAAUGAUGUAACUUCAGUACCUACUCACUGUAAAGAAGGCCCAGUGCAUAAAAGUGCACAAAUUUCUCUGAAAAGGCCCCCUCACUGUAGUGUGGGUAUUCAGGCCAAAGUGAAAGUGUUUGGGAAACAGCUGUGUAAUGCAGCUACUCAGACUGAUGAAUUAUGGUCUAGAACUUCUUCUGUUUUUGACAUUUGCUCCAGUGACUCAGAAACAGAUUCAGACUGGGAUAUCAAGAGUGAACAGAGUGAAUUGUCUUAUGUAGCUGUGCAAGUGAAAGAAGAGACCUAUUAAAAGCACACCAAACGAUUUGAUGUGCUAUAGGUUUUCAAAUCUUGGCUCACAUAAUUAUCUCUUUGCUCUUGCAAAUCUUUCACUUCAAGAUAGUUUGACAGUUGAGUAUCAACAAAAUUUGUUUAGCUCUAAGGCAAAAUUUUACCUGACUGCCAAGAUAAUGAAAAUAAUCCUGCCUACAACUCUCACCCCUUCCUUUCACCUUUUUUUUUUUUUAAUCUUUUUAGUGGAAAUCAGGCUAUAAAAUAAAAUCGCAAUAGCAACAUUCCCAGAAGAAGAUUAAGCUUUGAAUAUUGAAGCUUAGUUCAGAAGCAACACUCAAAUAGGUCUUAUUUGACAUUCAUGAGUUAGAAUGUCAUUCUUCUAAAUAAUUUGAAGAUAAAGAGCAAUAAUAGUGAGCACAACUAAGUCUGAUACUAUUAAAUGAUUUGGGUAAAGCCAGGACAUUUACCCUUGAUUAUUGUCUAUUUUAUUUAUUUAUUAGUUUGUCCAUUUAUAAUACUAUUAGAUCUAUGGAUCAUCCCUAUGAGCAUUUCUAGUGAAGUAAUGGCUUUUAUAGAAAAUGUUCAAGGGGAAUCAAUUUAAAUAUAAUUUCAUAUACUUAGAUUACCUUGUUAAUGAAAUCUAUUUGCAUUAGUUCCUAUUAUAACAAAUUAGCUUGAUUAAUUCAGAUUGAAAUUGUUAACAUGCAAAAAAAAGUAUUAUAUUUCUAAUACUUUUAUAUCCCCAUUUUAAGAAUUAGGUUUUCCUCUAUCAGUACCACUCUACUGAAUUCUACAUUUGGGAAAUAAGCAUGUGAAACUCAGUUGACCCAUCUGCUCUUCACCAGGAAACUUUCUAUGGCAAUUUUUACCAUGAAGUAAUUUGUAAAAAUGGUUUCUGAGAAACUUAUAAUUAUAACUCUGGUCUUCUAUGGAAAAUAAUAAAAAUAAAUGUCCAUUUUACACCUCACAUGUCUUGUUAGUUCUGCAUGGUUGGAAGAACCUGCAUGCAUUUUAUCCUCGAAGGUUUAAAUAAUACACCAAAGUGAUUUCCUUCCAAAGCUAAUUUCAUGUCUGACUUCAUUUUAAUACAAAUAAUAAUAAAAUAAACAAAAUAUUAAUAGAA